AUGCAUCCCACAUGCAUGGUUAAAGCCGUCGUCGUUUUACGAGGAGACUCUGCAGUCAAGGGAACCGUAACUCUUACUCAGGAAUCGGAAAAUGGUCCGACCACCUUGGAAGCACAUAUCGAAGGUCUUGCUCCUGGAAAACACGGAUUCCACGUCCACGAAUUCGGUGACAACACUAACGGCUGCAUAUCCGCUGGUGGUCACUUCAACCCUCACGGACACACCCACGGUGCUCCUGAAGAUUCCACUCGUCACGUUGGCGAUCUCGGAAACAUGGUUGCCGGACCAGACGGUGUGAUCAAAGGUUCAGUCAGUGAUUCACAAGUCAAAUUGAUUGGUCCCUUGAGCGUCAUUGGCCGUACCAUUGUCGUCCAUGAAGGUGUUGAUGAUCUUGGAAAGGGCGGUCAUGAAUUGUCUGCUACUACUGGAAACGCUGGUGGUCGUCUUGCUUGUGGUGUCAUUGGUAUCUCCAAGUAG